CCCCGGACUUUCCCACCACCGACGACUUGCAGCGCGCACCCCGGAGAGUUGUGUCGGCAGGCUCUGUGCUAUGGCGAGGCUGCGGAGAAGCAAACUAGCCGCUGGAUUUCUAUUACUUUUCCAGUGCCUGAGCGAGCGCUGCCAGCUCGCCGGAGGGGAGGCGCCGAGGCAGAGCCGCGGUGUGUUUUAUGAAGUUGUUCAGAGCUUCCCUAGAGUGGAGGAAAAUGCACGAGUGGAUUCAUAUGUAAACAUCCACAGGUGGAGAAGGCAUUCAGAGUCUCUCAAAUCAGUUGACACCAACAGAGCCAGCAUGGGACAGGAUUCCUCUGAGCCAGGGGGUUUUACGGAUCUGCUGCUUGAAGAGGGACAUGAUAACACCACCCAGAUUGAGGAGGAUACAGAUCAUAAUUAUUAUACUUCAAGGACUUAUGGCCCAUAUGAUUCUACCAGCCGGGAUUUGUGGGUCAAUAUAGACCAAAUGGAAAAAGACAAAGUAAAGAUUCAUGGAAUCCUUUCCAAUACCCAUCGGCAAGCAGCAAGAGUGAAUCUGUCCUUCGAUUUUCCAUUUUAUGGCCAUUUUCUCCGUGAAAUUACUGUGGCAACUGGGGGUUUCAUAUAUACUGGAGAAGUUGUGCAUCGAAUGCUAACAGCUACACAAUACAUUGCACCCUUAAUGGCAAAUUUUGACCCCAGUGUGUCAAGAAAUUCAACAGUCAGAUACUUUGAUAAUGGCACAGCAUUAGUUGUCCAGUGGGAUCAUGUACAUCUGCAGGAUAAUUACAACCUGGGCAGUUUCACCUUUCAGGCCACCCUUCUCAAUGAUGGGCGUAUCAUUUUCGGCUACAAAGAAAUUCCUGUUGCUGUAACACAGAUAAGUUCAACCAACCACCCAGUGAAAGUGGGACUCUCAGAUGCAUUUGUGGUCGUGCACAGGAUUCAGCAAAUUCCCAAUGUCCGUAGAAGAACAAUUUAUGAGUACCACAGGGUGGAACUACAGAUGUCAAAGAUUACCAAUCUGUCAGCUGUUGAAAUGAUACCUCUUCCAACUUGUCUUCAGUUUACCAGCUGUGGUCCUUGUGUCACUGCCCAGAUUGGUUUCAACUGCAGCUGGUGCAGCAAACUCCAAAGAUGUUCCAGUGGAUUUGACCGUCACCGGCAAGAUUGGGUAGACAGUGGCUGCCCUGAAGAGUCAAAAGAUAAGAUUUGUGAGAAGAAUAUAGAUACAACUGAAACACCUCUACACUCCUCCACCACCCUUCUGCCAACCACCACAAAGUUCAGAGUUUUAACGACCACCAGAGGGUCCACCACUUCCCACCUGCCAACUAGCCUACCCACAGAAGAUGACACCAAGAUAGCACUGCACCUAAAAGAUAAUGGAGCUUCCACAGAUGACAGUGCUGCAGAGAAGAAAGGUGGAACACUUCACGCCGGCUUAAUUGUCGGCAUUCUAGUCCUGGUCCUCAUUGUGGCUGCAGCCAUCCUUGUGACCAUUUAUAUGUAUCAUCAUCCAACGUCAGCAGCUAGUCUCUUCUUUAUAGAGCGACGCCCAAGCAGAUGGCCAGCAAUGAAAUUCAGAAGAGGGUCUGGACAUCCUGCCUAUGCUGAAGUGGAACCAGUUGGAGAAAAAGAAGGGUUCAUCGUAUCAGAGCAGUGCUAAAAUUUCUAGGACAGAACACCAGUACUGGCCUACAGGUGUAAGACAUUUACUUUGCCUCUCUUUAAAGAAAAGGAGCGCUAAGCUGCUGUAGCCUGAUAGAACAAAGAUUUUGGAUAAGCUUUGUCCAAGAAGAAAAACUGUCUAAGAUACCAGACUACCACUGCACAGUAGUUUUUGUUAGUGGACUGAGACACAAUGGUUCAUGCUGAACACUUGUCAGUGGAUGCCUACGGUAUCAGAAAUAUGGCACAAGUGCCAUGUUAUUGGCUUUAGGUACGGGGAUGCACAGUAAUCAAAAAUACAAUAAAGCUUUGGUGCACAAGGGUAUUGCCCUUUG